GCUCGGUGGCCGCUUCCGGGAGCGGCGGCGGCGGCGGGGCCGGGCUCGGGUCCGGUUCCGGUUGCUGUCGGGACGAUGAGCGGCGCCCGGCGCAGGGAGGAGCCGCCGUACGCGCAGCAGCACGCGGUGGCCAACGGCGGCGCGGCCGCGCGCGGCUCCGUGUGGGGCAAGGCGCUGCGGAGCGACUCCGCGUGGCACGACAAGGACGAGUUUUUAGAUGUGAUCUACUGGUUCCGGCAGAUCAUUGCAGUUAUUUUGGGAAUCAUCUGGGGAGUAGUUCCACUGAAGGGAUUCGUGGGAAUAGCAGUAUUCUGCCUGAUCAAUGCUGGUGUUCUGUACCUCUACUUCAGCAGCUUCCAGCAGAUAGAUGAGGAGGAGUAUGGUGGGACGUGGGAGCUCACAAAGGAAGGAUUCAUGACAUCUUUUGCACUGUUUCUGGUUGUUUGGAUAAUCUUCUAUACUGCCAUCCACUAUGAUUGACACAGUCUGCAGCCUGUUAAAUCAGCGUCAGUAAAUCAAGAAGGUUUUAAUAACUCAUAGUCUUUAGUGGACUGGUGGGAAGGUGGGGGAAGUCAGAUCACCUCCUUUCUGUACCAGCAGUCUGAUUAGCCUGGAAGAGCCCCAACUCUUCUACUGGAGAAGUCCGUCUCCGUUUUAUAUACCCAUUAAUUGUUGGAACUCUUAUAAAGCCAUUGGAAUUUUUGGAAGUGGUUCAAGACUGUUCAAAUUUGGAACUUUCUGUGACUCUAGCCAGUAACUCUAUCAAACUCCUCUGUACUGAAGGUUGAGUCUGUUAAUUUAAUGUAUGUAUGCCCUUCUGUUUGAAGUCUCAUGAAGUCCAGACAUGUCUUCCAUUGUUGUCCUUUAGACAAACACUUUUUACAAAGCAGUGGUAGGAUGUGUGUGAGGAAGGCCCUGGCAGCAUCCAGGAUGGGAGUCGUGUGGCCGUCCUUAGCAUGGUUUUAUAGUGUUCAGAUCUGAUCUGAUUAAGCAGACAGUGUUGUUGCUGUUUCUAAUACUUCUUUGUUUACUUGCAAAUUGGUUGGUGACCAGAAUUUUUAAAUGGUCUUUGCUGAAGACAAGUUUUUAAGUCAUUUUGCUCCAAAGAAUUGGGAUUCAUUUGGUUGACAAAGGUGUAUUCGGGAGGGUUAGAAACUCCGCUGCAUUCUGCUAGCCUGACUGCUGAGCUGCCAUCACAUACCUCAGAGCUUAGUGGUCUUGAAGGACUGUCAUUCUGGAGAUGCCCUUUUAAACGUUAAGCAUUUAAAUUCCCUUUUAUUUUUUAAACUCUUGAAUUCAGCUGCUCCUUGUUAUUAAAUGCAGGAGGCUAAGACACAACUGAGGCAGCUAUUAUCUUAAAUGCAGAAUUACUAACUCGCAAACUGGGCAUGGUGCAUAGCCCGUGGUUUGGGAGGCAAUCACCUCAGAGCUCAGUCCUGCCCUGGUCAUGCCCUUUUUGUGCAUCAAAGGGGGAGUCUCUGCUUUAAGAUAUUUUUAAGGCGGUGUCUUUCAGAAAUAGCUCUUGGGAAACACGCACAGUCCUUCUUCUCGUCAGAGGACCUUGUAGUCUCGUUGCCAUGUGGUCCUUGCUUUUCUAAACAACAAGCUCAGGCACCCCAAAAGCAUCCCGACCUACAGCUGCCUUAUAGUGAGGAGUUGAUAGUUUUAGUGUGCUCUUGCUGAAAGUCUGCAUUGCUUCCUCGCUGGUGGAAGUCCAGCAGCCUGGUUCUCGUGUGAGCAUGCAAAGCCAGGGAUCUAAAUCUCUUUAAGUGCUGAGCUAGGAUUCCAGAAGCACCCAGUGGUGAGGACUCCAUUCUUACCAGGGAAAAUGCUGUCUGUUCUCAGUGGAAAAAGCACACCUGAGGUCCUUGGGAUGCCAAGGGAAGAGUGCAAUAGCAGACAGCUUCUGCUACUUGUAAGUUGCCAAUUGAAGUGAUCUCAAAUAAGAACUUCUAUACUUUCUCCUCCCCAUCCCCAAACUUACUCAAUCUUUUAAUCUGAUACUUUCUUUUCCUCUUCUUUCAGCUGAAAGCAUUAAUUUCCCACAUUGAUUACCUGCUAGUUCUAGGUCACCCUUUCCUACUGGCAUCCGUUUGCAUCUUAGCUGCUCACAGCCAUCACUAAAGUCACUGUAUACUUGAAAUGCUCUAAUAAAUGUUGCCUGUUAAUCCAC